AUGAAGUCAGCAAUUGGAGCAGCGGGAGUUGCCGUUGCGUUAGGGUCAGCGUAUCUCGAUGCCAAGUACCAUAUCACGAAGGAUAUCGGUCUGCUCUCAGAGGUCAUUACAGCAAGGAGGGAUACCCGAAGUAGAGGCGUAGUGAGGAAGGGACAGGUGUCCCUGUGGUUUCGGUUUCUCGAGUCAGCGGCCAAGUUCCCAGCCUCAGACGCGAUUUGGACGCGAGAACGGUGUUAUACAUUCUCAGAAUGUCUCACAAGGUGUUGUCAGUACGCCUCAUUCCUCCGCGAUCUUGGAGUGGUCACCGGCCAAGCUGUGGCAAUGUAUAUGUAUAAUUCGCCAGAUUUUCUCUUCAUGUGGCUCGCAUGCUAUGCGGUUGGUUGUUCUCCAACGUUUCUCAACUACAACCUGACGGGGAACGCCCUCCUCCACACUUGGCAAGUGGCCAAAACGAAUUUCCUUAUCGCGGACGGAGACCUGAUGGUCAACUUGGACUGCAUCAAAGAGGUCCUGAACGCCAACCAGAGGAUUGUGAUCCUGAGCGAAGCGCAAAAGUCUUCAAUAUACAGCCUCGCCCCACAAUUGCCCGAUGACCACCUUGCGAGAAGUGUGCGACCAGACGAUCAAACAGAUGCCGUCUCUGCAAGGUUGCACAGCAAAGUCUGUACGACGCCAGGCCCCAAUGGGGAUAGAUGGUAUAUCUGCAUGCCGCUGUACCACGGAACAGGCGGCAUUGGAGCGAUCACAGCGCUUUGUGGGGGGAUUACCGUUUGUCUGGUGGAGAAGUUCAGUGUCACAAAGUUCUGGGAGGACAUCAGAAAAUCUCGUGCCACUCUAUGCAUAUAUGUUGGCGAGACAGCAAGAUAUCUGCUCUCACCGCCGCCCAGUCCGCUAGAUAAAGAACACAACCUUCAGGUCAUGUUUGGUAACGGAAUGCGGCCAGACGUCUGGACCAAAUUCCAGGAUCGAUUUGCUGUUCCAAUGAUAGUAGAAUUCUUUGGCGCCAGCGAAGGUGUGUUUGGCCUGCAAACCCGUGCCAGAGGACCCUUCCUCGCGCACUCAGUCGGGCAUGACGGUCUGCUUAUCCGCUUCAUCAUGCGCAACAAAUACUUUGCCGCCGCCAUUGACCCGGAUUCAGGGGACAUCCAAAGGGAUCCAGUCACGGGAUUAGUGGUGGAAAGUCCUCUGACGACAGGUGGCGAGAUCCUAUUUGCUCUAGAGAAGGAGAAGGAUUUUCGAGGAUACUUUGACAACCAAGAGGCCACGGAGAAAAGGCUGUCACGCAACGUCCGUUGUCCGGGAGACCUGUAUUACCGCACCGGUGAUGCACUGCGGAGAGAUUCUGAAGGGCGUUGGUUUUUCAUGGACCGUCUCGGUGACACAUUUCGCUGGAAGAGCGAAAAUGUGUGCACAUCAGAAGUCUCAGGCAUCUUCGGCAGCUUUCCCAAGAUAAAGGAAGCUGUAAUUUACGGCGUUUUGAUCCCACAUCACGAUGGCCGAGCGGGUUGUGCACGCGUCGUCAUCACUGAGCAGGACCAACCACAUUUCGACUACCGCUCUUUAGCGAGCCAACUCCGAGCACGACUACCUAAAUACGCGGUUCCCAUAUUCCUGCGAGUCUCAACAACCCAUGCCCCGACGACAGGCAACAAUAAAAUUGUCAAGGGACAGCUCCGGGAAGAAGGUAUAGACCAUGCAAAAUUCGCUAAUGGCGACAAGAUGCUGUGGUUGCUACCCGAAGCAGAUGCGUAUGUGGAGUUCACUCCAACUGACUAUAAUCAGCUUAUCAUGGGCAAAAUCAAAUUAUAA